AUGUUCUCCUUGUUCUCCUUGUGCCACAGGUUCUGCGGUCCCGCGAUCCCGUGGACCGCGCCGAUUGAAACCACUCAGUUUGUGGGAAGGCACAGCUCGCCGUUUCCCUCAUAUACCGAGCCCGUCGUUGCAGCCUGCCCAUCUCUUACCCGCCAUCCUCCCCACCCGGCUCGCGAUACGAACGCAUACCUCGCCGUCCUUCGUGACACUACUGUUUUACCCCCUUUUGACUUCACCUCAAACAUGCGUUCGUUCAGCAUCGUCCUUGCUGUGGCUGUCCUUGCGGCUCAGGUCACUGCGGUCGUUGUGGAUGACCUCCAGGUCCGCUCUGAAUCAACGUCGAUCGGCCCCAGCUCGACCACUUCCCUUCCGCCCACUACCGGAACGACCAUCAUCGACAGCUCUCCCGGCAGUACUAACCCCACUACCACCGCCGCCAGUGUCACCAGCUCCACUUCUAUUACUGGCUCCGCCGGAAACCACGGCACCAGCACCGCGUCCAGCUCUACUGGUUCUCACAACACCUCGGUGACGUCCUCCUCCUCGACCACCCAGUCUGUGACUUCCUCCACAUCCCAGACCGUCCUGAGCGCCCCUCCCACCUCGAACGGCACCAGCUCCGCCCCUUCCACCGGCACCACCUCAAAGAACCCCGCGAGCACCUCAGGCUCGUCCACUCAGCCGAGUACGACCCCCGGGGGGACGGGGGGCGCGCUGGGCACGUUCGUCGACGGGCGCGUCGGCGCCGCUGCGGUGUUCGUCGUGGGCGCUGCGGUUGUAUUCGGCUUCUGA